AUGAGGCCCCUCGGGCGGCGGCAGGGCGGGGGAGCGCAGGAGCUGGCGGAGGCGGAGCAGGCUCGUCCCCCGACCCCCUCCGCGGCCGGACGCGACCCGGCCGCCGCCGGGAGCGGCUCCUCAGGCACCCCGUAUCUGGGCAGCAAGAUCAGCCUCAUCUCCAAGGCGCAGGUCUGCUACGAGGGCAUCCUCUGCACCAUCCACACCGGCAGCUCCACCGUGGCGCUCGCCAAAGUGAGGUGCUUCGGCACGGAAGGCCGUCCCACGGCUAGGCCUCCUCCCCCCAGGGAAGAGAUUUAUGAGUACAUCAUUUUCUGGGAAAGUGACGUCAAAGGUAUCACUGCGAGUGAACCUCCGACAGCGCAGCACACAUUCCCGCGGGACCCCGCCGUCGUUGCGUCUCCCCUGCGCCCCGCCUCCCCCUGCCCUUCCAGCCGCACGUGCCUUAAACAGCCCUUCCGAGGGACUGCGCCCGGCGGCCCGCUGGCGGCCAGCUCCCUGUUCAGCCGGCAGGAAGCCGCCUCCCUGGGUCUAGAGAACUUGGGAGUUGGUUUUCCAUCCAUCCCAGUCGGCAAGAGGCCCGUGGUGGAGCAGGGUACAACUGGUUCUGCUGAAAACCUGAAUGCUAAAAGGCUGUUGUUACCUGGCAAGGGCACCACAGGGACGCAGCUCAACAGUCGUCAGCGCCCCCCCCCCCCCCACCCCGCCAGCAGCAAGACCCCCAGCGAUGUAGUCCAGCUGGCAGCCGUGCCAACUCAAGGGCAGGUGAAUCACGAGAGCGAAAGACCUCAGAGGAGGCGAUCAGCAAACAGGCGAACGAGGAAUCGCUCCAGAGGGCAAAACCGUCCAACUAAGGUCAAGGAAAACACAAUCAAAUUUGAGGGUGACUUUGAUUUUGAGAGUGCCAAUGCCCAGUUCAACCGAGAGGAGCUUGACAAGGAGUUUAAGAAGAAACUGAAUUUUAAAGAUGACAAGGCUGAGAAGGGGGAAGAGAAGGACCCGGCUGCGGUGACCCAGAGCGGCGAGUUUCUGGCGCCCAGCUGCUGCCAGGACAAAUCCAAGUCGUUCUUUGACAACAUCUCUUCUGAACUCAAGACCAGCUCCAGGCGGACAACGCGGGCCGAAGAGAGGAAGCUCAACAAGGAGACCUUGGGGGUGUCAGGGAGGUUUCCUCGUGGCCAUUCUCGAGGUGCAUUGCGAGGAGGCAGGGGCAAUGGGACCACCCGUCGCAACCCCACUUCCCACAGAGCUGGAACUGGCAGGGCGGGAGGACGUAGUCAUAGGCUCCUACUGAAGUGGCGCGGAAAUGAUUCUGUGUGUCAGGACACAAGGAAAACGCUGCACUUACAGGUACUCGUGGUCACUUUGUUUACGGAGUUUGGAAGAUUCCCAUACUGCUGCGUAUGUUUUGGGCUUGACCUGGACAAGGUCUGA